UGAUUAUAUAUUUAUCCUAAGUGGUAAAAAAUAGUGGUAAAAAAAUCUGCAACAGGAAAUCGGAAUAACGCCAUAUUACUCUAACGGUUUAGUGAUUUAAAAAUGAAUUACACGUCGAUUUAUUAUGUUACAUUUCAUUUAAAACACUAAUCGGAAAUAUUUUUGUUAAUUUAUACGCUAAGUAACUGACGAUAAUACAUUUUUUUUUGUAUAAAUAUUGAAUAUAAUACAGCUGGCAGGCAAGUAUGUACAGAAAUAUUAAACCACAUUACUUCUCAAUCGACGCCAUAAUGGCUGCUCAAGAAAAAAUUCAAUGUUCAUUUAUUAAAAAAGUUGAAUGUGUUGAUUUUUUAGAUUCGAUUAACCCUGAAAAAGACGACGAAGAAUCAGAUCCAAAAAUUGAACUUCCCUUGUGGAUGAUUCAAGUGUUUUUAGCAGGAAAAUCAAUUCAAUUUGAUAUGCCCAAGGCAUAUAACGAAAUUUACAGGGAUGUUUUAACGGCCGAUUCGAACGUAGUUGAUUUAUUUAAAUUGUGUAAGCAUUUCUAUUUAUUUGGAAAAUUUAUAUCUCAGUUAGAACAUCGAGAAGCAUAUGAAGUCCGAAGAACACUAAUUCAAACAUUCAUCGACAGAUUUAAACAGACAAUGGAUUGGGCACAAAAUAUAGAUGAUAAUCUGCCAUGCUUUAAUAGACUUGACUGUCUUGAGAGGUUGAUAUUUAAUGAUGCUCGAGUAGCGCAGCAACAUUUAAAUACUUAUUUAACCGAAGGAUCAGGUCAAAUGGAAAUUGCUGCCAUGAUAUUGAAUUACAGAAAACGAAAAAUGCAUGAGAGUCGUGUACUAGAAUAAAAAUAAAAUCAUCUUAUGGCAAAUAUUAAUGGAUUUGGGUUAAGUGACCAGAGUAAAUUGUGAUUCAAAUUAACCAUCAUAGUGAAAUUUUUAUAUAUUAAGGUAUUUGUAAUAAAAUGUAUAAAUUUUCAUGUAAAA